CUGUUUUUCAACACCACCUUUACAUACCACGGAUCCAAUACCACGCCUCGAUUUGACGAAAGACCAAACCCGGUGCAGCCCCAAAAUCAGCUAAGCCGUUUCACUCCUUUAUCGCACCCCUCGCCUAUUGUAUUCGUAAUUUUGUCGAGCUCUUUUUUAUCUUUAUAUAGAAGUACCCAUUCCCUUCCCUCUCCCUUCAUGCCUCGGCGUGAUACCAGUGACCAAGAAGUCCGCCUUCUGCAAGGUCACAAUCGAUCGUCUACAGACUCGGAUUCUUCAACAUCAUCUAGCGACGAUACCACAUGCGAACCAGGCCCAUCUUCGACUGCCAGACCAAACGUUGUUGGCGCCCGUGGCACCGCCGACCAUCCGAGCGACGCUUCCGAUCUUGACACGAAGCGCCACGAUCCUAAGAAUACAAAGAUCCAUAGUGACAGCGAGUGGUUGGAAUUGGACAAUAUGGAUCCCAAUGACCUUCGCCGUCCUCAUUACCAUCGUCAUGGCGAUGGUAAAUCUGGAACUCCUCUCCUUUACAAGGAAGAUGACCCAGAGCGCGGCCGCGCUGGUUACCCGCCUCCUAAUGAUGGAUCAAAGGGGUCAAGGGAGUCCAGCGAAGACGAUCUCCCAUAUCAUCCCAGAGAAUCAAUGGGAAGACCAAGUCUCAGUCGGCGAUCAACAAUGCGCAGUCGAAGCCCUCAAACCGCCGCCGCUGUUGCCGAAGAUUCGACCAAGAAGAGGUACACGUACGCAGGAUUCUUCCUCAUUAUCAGUCUGAUCGCAUUCUGCGUUCAGACAGAGCUGAGCGCAUACAUCCAACACGACCUUGGCUGGGACAAGGCUUACUGUAUGAUGUACUUUACACACGGUUCUUGGGUUGUGUUAUGGCCAGUUCAGCUCCUUAUUUUGCGCUUCCAGAAGCGCGAUGUACCAUGGCCAGUAUUCUGGAAGCGACAUAAACAGCAAUUACGCACCACCGCCAUUAUGAUCGAAAAGCAGACCUUGGAUGUAUUUCAUAUAUCGAUUCAACAUCGCGCGCGACCCGUUCGUUAUUUUGUUCGAUUCACUGCCAUCAUUACCUGCUCACUGACCGUCGCUGGUUUGAGUUGGUACAUUGCCGUUAGUCUGACAACGCCGUCGGAUCUGACGGCCAUUUACAAUUGCUCCGCCUUCUUCGCAUACGUAUUUUCCGUUCCACUUCUUCGCGAGCCCCUUCGACUCGACAAGUCGGUUGCUGUUCUGAUCGCUAUUGGCGGUGUCCUCGUCGUUGCUUAUGGUGACACUAAGGAGGGAGGCGAGAGUGUCGAGGCCGGAAACCGAUUCCUUGGCAAUCUCGUGAUUGGCGUUGGUUCAGUUCUGUAUGGUCUGUACGAGGUCUUGUACAAGCGCUAUGCUUGCCCACCCGAGGGCUGUUCACCUGGUAGGGGUAUGAUCUUUGCCAACACCUUCGGUUCUUUGAUUGGGCUCUUCACUCUCACGGUGCUCUGGCUUCCUCUCCCAAUUCUCGACUGGCUCAACAUUGAAAAGUUCGAGAUCCCAGCGGCUUCUACGUGCUGGCUCAUUCUACUCGCGGUGCUUUCCAAUGCCACUUUCAGCGGUUCAUUCCUCGUUCUUAUCUCGCUGACUUCGCCCGUCCUGUCGUCAGUGGCUGCGCUGCUCACCAUCUUCAUUGUUGCCAUUGUGGACUGGAUGAUUACCGGCGAGCCCUUGAGCUUUGCUGCCAUUGUUGGAGGCGCCAUGAUCAUUGUCGCAUUCUUGGGCCUGACUUGGAGCACGUAUCGAGAGAUGAAGGAGCAUGCAGCGAUGGAGCCUGUCCCAGACUUUUCGGACAGCGACAAGGAUGGCGACAUCGAUAGUGACGAAGAUUAGACUUUGUGUAUUCAACAUGGCGUUAUGGGUUUCAGGGAACGGCUGGGGACUAGGUUCUGGCGGUAUGUCUAUUGUGUACAGACUUUACCAGCUGCUUUGUGCAUUUAGAGGCGUUGGAUUUAGGGUUCAUCUACAAGAAGCCUGGGAGGCUGAAGGUUUACCAACGAUCCUGCUACUUGGACCGAUAUAGUCGUGGAUGAGUGAUAGAUUUCAUAUUCUACCAAGAUAGAGCAUCAUGUAGAUAAAUUGUAAUCAACCUCAUCCACGCCAGUUUACUGUCUCUCAGAUCUCUUCCUGUGUAGCUUGAUAGGAACCCAGAUUCUGUGGCCUCAUUGGAAUUGGGGCCAUAUCAUAAAAGUGCUAAUAGAGUUGCAAGGUAACCAUAGAAU